AUGUACUGGAUUCUGAAGGCGGGCGCCACCGUGUCGAGGUUCUGCGCGCAGAGGGCGAACAAUGACGGCGAGAGGGUCGUACAGAGGGGGAUCGGUGGUGAUGAUGGCGGUGAGUGGGUGUGGGGCGGCGAGGAGGGGUUCGGUGUCGAGAGGUGGGCGUUUGGGAAGAAGAGGUUCGGAGAGGUUGGCGGGUUGGAGGGGGCGGAGGGGGUGGUCAGGAGGCUUGCGGCGGAGGCGGAGGAGGAGACGGGCAGGAUCGGGAUGGAGAGGGCGGGGUGA